AUGAGCGCCGCGCAUCACGCAGCAAACACACCUGGAAAGUCGUCGUCCGACUCCGGACCGCACGUAACCCUGGAUCGCUGGUCGCAGCGAAGGCUGCAGCGGUUGAAUACCGAGCAGGGCUUCCGCGAGCAACGUCAAGGCGUGCAGGGCGUCUUGAGCCCGCCCAGCAAUGCAGCUGCGUCUAUAAGUAGCGGCAGCAGCGACCAGACCAUCUACAAUGCUCCUCCUGCUGCGCAAUAUCAUCAAUCAGGCGCGGAUGCACAGCCACAACAGCCCCUGCACCACCCGUCUCAGCCGCAUCCUGCACAACAGCAGAGCGGCGGCUAUCAGGCCCCCCGAGUGACGCCGGGGAAUACGGCGAAUGUGGGCCUCGCUAUCCAGACGCCGUCUGCCACCAACCCCUCAAGAACUCAGCAAUAUCCCCCCACGGACUCACAAUCACAUGCGUCUCAAUACUCGCCGCCCGACCCUCACUCGCACUUUGCCCACGACCCAGCUGCCCGCCCGCCGCUGGCCUCAUCGCGCAGCUUCUCGCAGCAGCAAGCCGACGACACAUCCAUGUCGAACAAUGGCUCUCAGCAGCUUCCCAAGGCGACACGGUCUGCCAAUGGCAACAACCGACAGAGCGUACACAACGGCAUAAGUUCACGCGAGGGCUCACACUCGACGCAAGGCGGCCAGGCUCCUGCCUUCAACGCCUCGGUCGUACCGCAAGGUCAAGCCUUCAAGAGCAACGCUGGACAGCCAACGCAGCAACCACCACAAUCACAGCCGCCGCAAGAUGUGGGUCGAGCCACACCGCAGCCGUCGCAGCUUAGCGACGAGAUGUCAGAUGAAGAUAUCGCGCAGUUAAUCAAGGAUCACAAAGAACUUCGCGAGAAAUACACCAAGGUAAAGAAGUACUACUUUGAAAAAGAAGAUCAAGUCAAGCAGCUCCAGAACAGCCUUGCACAUCAACGCCUGUCACAGUCACGAACAUCCCUCGACGACAGCGAGUAUACCACCAGAUUCAAUCGCCUCGACGGCCUCAUCGCACAACUCGCGUUCAGCAUUCGAAAGAGCUGGAAGAGCAUUCCGCAGUGGUUGGUCAAUUCUGUCAACAGGGAUGCGGUUGCCACUGGCAAGCAAGAGAUGACAGCAGCCGGUCGUGCAUUCAUAUCAUGCUGGUUGGUGGAAGAAGUAUUCGACAAAUUCUUUCACCCUGACCUGGAACCGUCGCUGUCGUCGCAGCUCAAGACCAUUCAGAGAAACAUUCGAAAGUCUGCACCCAUCUCGCAGACUGCAGAGGAAGAGGAGUACCUGAUUUCCAAGGUCGUGAACUGGCGAUUGGCAACGCUCGAGGGACUGGGAGAAGCACUACGAUCACCAGCAUGCCCCGACAACCGACAAAAGCUCACCGAUACGCUCAAAGACGGCCUUGUCAGCGCACUUGCACUACACUUGCAAGACCCGCCGCCCUCAGAUUUGGAAGGCGGUGUGCACAUGAUCAUUGAGUUGGUCGUGAGCAUCGCUAUCCAUCUACCGCUCGAAAGCCGAGACGUGGUCAUUGAAUACUUUAUGCCCGGCUACAGCAUCAUGCCCGACCAGAUGAAAGUGGAGUCUGGCAUACCUCAGCUCAUCACGUCCGUUGCGGACGAUGCAGCAGAUCGAGUAUCGCUGAAGAGCGCCACGAGCGAUGUCACGGACAUGACUGAGAACAGUAACACCGACCAGCCAUCUAAGAAAAGGAGCAUGCUGAGCGCAUUGACAGGCACAGGCGGCAAAAGCAAGGCGCAAGGCAAACAUGCCGGCGCCGCUGGGAGCUCAAGCAGUCUGGGCAGGCCCGAAAGCUCGCAAGGCAUGAAAGAAGACGUACCGCCUCGAGUGCGCAUGGCUGCUGGCAUCGGCGUUUCUGUGCGAGGUCGAUCGGUGCUGGUCAAAGCCCCCGUGUUCAGCACUUGA